AUGCCUGGCAUCGACCCACAUUUCAUGUGCCACAAGCUCUCUGUUUGCGCCAACGCACGACCUAUAGCUCAGCGCAAGCGAAAGAUGGGGACCGACAAGAAACUAGCAGUCGAAGCCGAAGUAGCCAAGUUGAUUGAGGCAAGAUUCAUUCGGGAAGUACAAUAUACGACAUGGCUAGCAAAUGUGGUCAUGGUAAGGAAGCCGAACGGAAAAUGGAGAAUGUGUACCGACUACACUAAUCUCAACAAAGCAUGCCCCAAGGAUGCUUAUCCAUUGCCAAACAUUGACCGAUUAGUUGACGGAGCAUCAGGGCAUAAAUUUCUCACUUUUCUUGACGCGUAUUCUGGAUACAAUCAAAUACGCAUGCACCCCAGCGAUGAGGAAAAAACAGCUUUUAUCACCGAUUCGGCCAAUUAUUGCUAUCAGGUGAUGCCUUUCGGAUUGAAGAACGCUGGAGCCACAUAUCAAAGGUUGAUGAAUAAGGUAUUUCAGAAUCAAAUUGGAAAAAAUAUGGAAGUAUACGUAGACGACAUGGUCGUCAAAUCUGAAGACCUUGAUCGGCACCUAUCUGACCUUGCAGAAGUAUUUCAACAACUUCACAAACAUGACAUGCGAUUGAAUCCAGAGAAGUGUGUAUUUGGCGUUUCCGGGGGUAAGUUUCUCGGCUUCAUGCUAUCGGCCAGAGGCAUCGAGGCUAAUCCUGACAAAUGCCAAGCAAUCGUCGCUAAAACGGUAAAGCCUAUCAUUAGGCUGUUAAAAAAGGUGAAGUUCGAAUGGUCGGCCGAUUGUGAAGAAGCAUUUCAGACGUCAAAGCAACGCCUCGGCUCCCCUCCAAUCCUCUCAAAACCCGAUCCUCGGGCAAACAUAAUCGUAUACUUGUGUGUGUCGGAUGAAGCAAUUAGUGCCGUGUUGGUGCAAGAAAAAGAAGUACAGCAGCCUGUGUACUUCAUCAAUAGGAUGCUCCAAGAUUCUGAAACAAGAUAUCAACUCCUUGAAAAAGUAGCGCUCGGGCUAGUCCACACGGCCCGGCGCCUUUGCCAAUAUUUUCAGAGCCACCGUAUAAUAGUUUGCACAGAUUGCCCCAUCGCCAAGGUUUUGCGCAAACUUGAACUAGCCGGACGCAUGAUGGCAUGGACAAUCGAACUUUCAGAGUUCGAUUUGUCAUUUGAACCACGGGGACCGAUUAAAGCCCAAUGCCUAGCAGAUUUUGUCAAUGAGUUGCAGCCGCAAGGCCAUUUUGUCAGUGAAUUAUGGACGAUGCAUGUUGAUGGUUCUUCGAACAACCAGGGCAGUGGAGCGGGAAUAAUCCUACAAGCACCAACUGGGCUAAUACUCGAGCAAUCUUUAUGGUUUGCGUUCAAAACCUCAAAUAACCAGGUCGAGUAUGAGGCAUUGUUGGCCGGUUUGAGACUUGCGCAAGAAAUCGGAGCUCGGCGAGUGGUAUGCUGGACUGACUCAAAAGUGGUAUCGGAACAAGUCAAUGACAACUUUCAGGUGAAAGACCCUAACUUACUGAAAUAUUAUCACUUGUUUCGGAGAAUGCGUGACCAUUUCGACGAGGUGCAAGUAAAACAUACGCCAAGGGAACACAACGAAAGAGCUGAUCAACUAGCUCGGUUGGCUAGCAACAGCCGAAAACCAGGACAGCUGAGAACUACGCUCCACCUUGACCUCACCACCCCGAGCAUCACACCGAUUGAAUGUUUGACGACCGAAAAGCCUACCCAGACUUGGAUCACCGAAAUGAUGGAUUACCUUGAGAUUGGGAAAGAACCGUCCGACCCUUCGGUCGCCAAAAAACUCCGAACACAAGCUGCCAGGUAUUCCGUCAUUGGUGGACAGUUAUAUCGCAGGGGUUUCUUGGUACCUCUUUUGAAAUGCAUCGACUCUGCACAAACGGAUUAUGUUCUGAGAGAAGUUCAUGAGGGUAUAUGUGGAUCUCACUCGGGAGGAAGGACUUUAGCUAUAAGGUGCUUAGAGCAGGCUUUUUCUGGCCAACUCUCAAAAGCGAUUGCAUGCAGUUCGUCAAGCGUUGUCUUUCAUGCCAAAGACACGGCAACCUUAUCCACGCCUCGGCCGAAGAACUACAUAGUAUUAGCUCGCCUUGGCCUAGAUUAUUUCACAAAGUGGGUCGAGGCCGAACCACUGGCCAACAUCACAGCAGCCAAUGUUCAGAAGUUCUUGUGGAAAAACAUUAUAACUCGCUUCGGCAUCCCUUACGCCCUUGUAAUUGACAAUGGUCUCCAAUUCACCGAUCAAAAACUCAACCGAUUCAUCCAAGACCUCGGCAUCAAACAUCGGUUCACAUCGGUUAACCAUCCACAAUCAUAUGGUCAAGCCGAAGCGGCCAAUAAAGUGAUCCUCACAGAGUUAAAAAAGAGAUUGGGAGAUGCUAAAGGAGCUUGGGCCGAAGAGCUGGCGGAGGUCCUAUGGGCCUAUCGGUGCACUCCUCAGUCCACGACAAAGGAGACCCCCUUUCGGUUGACAUAUGGUACUGAUGCCAUGAUCCCCGUUGAAGUUGGGGAACCAUCUUUUCGGCGACAAUACUUCGAGGAGAACUGCAAUGAGGCAUCCCUCCGAGCCGAAAUAGACAUGGUCGAUGAAAUUCGUACCAAAACACAGAUCAUGGCCGAAGCCUGCAUGCAGCGAAUGGCUAGGCGAUUCAACUCGGCACUUGCGAAGAGGGAGUUUCAGGAAGGAGACCUUGUGUGGCGGGUACAAGGGUCGGCAAGACGCAACCCCCGGGAAGGCAAGUUGGCAGCCAAUUGGGAUGGCCCAUUCCAGAUCCGACAUAACCUUCAUAAUGGAGCAUAUAAACUAGAAGAGCUCUCGGGAAAAAUCAUUCCUCACACCUGGAACUCAACUCAUUCCAAGAUGUAUUUUAGCUAA